ACGUUCGAAAGAAAACUUGAACAUAUUCCAUAUUCCCAUUGGUGAUGACGACAAUUCUUUGGAUGAAGGCGUCAGUUUGAUUUGAUACAACAUCAAUGCGCGACACCCACUGCUCUGCUGGAUCCGCUGUUAAGUUUGGUCAAAACAUGAAAACGCUGUUGAGAUGGAAGGGGAGCACUUAUCGACUGAUAUGGAAAGAAUUCCUCAUCUAUACGACGCUUUACCUGACGAUUUCAGUUGUGUACGAUUUUGUACUAGAUGACGUUAGCAAAAAAGGUUUCGAAGACAUUGCCGUAUACUGUUCAACAUACACGUCUGCACUGCCAAUCAUUCUGCUCUUGGGUUUCUUUACCUCAACUUCCAUGCAGAGAUGGUUUUCAUUGGUAACUUCAAUGCCAGGAACAACAAAAGUGAUAGUCAAUUUUGUCAUGUCGAUCAAAGAAAAUCAAACGGAAGGUCAUCAAAUAGUGCAGCAAUACACCCGUUGGAUCCUUUUAGGCUGGGCACUUACUUUUCGACUCAUCUGCAAGCCUUUGAAAAGAGUAUUCCCCAAUUUGACAUCCCUUCAAAACGCCGGAUUGCUGCAACCACACGAGACAUUGCUGCUGGAAAGAGAACCGGCCUCCAAUCACCCUUUAGUGGUCGUACAUUGGAAUCUCGCUUUGUUGAAACUGUGUAACCGGAAGGGUAUUUUCAUGGACAUUUCCGAUUAUGGCCGAAAUCAAGAUCUCCUGAUGGGUUUUAAGAAAAGCUGUGGAGACACCAUCAAAUUUGCGUCAAAAAACAUCCCAUUUGCGUUAAUUCAGGCUGUUACGAUUACCGUUUAUUCCUUUGGGUUAGCGUCGCUGAUGGCCCGUCAAUUAACUGAAAAGCACACCCCUACUUCGUUCAUCAUUAAAUAUUUCCCUGUCCUCAACACAUUUCAAUACUUUCUCUACUACUUGUGGUUGAAAUUCGGUCGAUUGGCGGCGUAUCCUUUUGGAGACGACGAGAACGAUAUUGAUAUUAAAAGGAUUUUCCAAGCCCACAUAGAGGACGCAGUUCGAUGGCUCUCUUUAUUAUCACCCGGUUUGACCGAUCAAUUGGUGUCGAUGUCCCUCCACAGUUCUUCGCACGAAUGGAUGAAUUUAGCAUGCCCCAAAGGACAAGAAAGCCUGAUAAGUGAACCAUUGGCAAAUGACAGCAAUCAAGAUAGUGCUAUCAUGUAAUUUCGAAAUAUAAUUUAUUUUAUUCGUUUUAGAUAAAUGCAUAGCAUUGUAAACCAGUAACAAAUUAUCAUUUACAAAAUAAAUGAUACAAAAAAUUAUGUAUAUAUUAU